UCAUACAAAAUAUACAACGGUGUCAAAAAUUAAUAAUAAAUAAAUUAAUUCGCUAUUAUUUAAAAAUGAUUGGAAUUAGGUUAAAUACAUUUAACGAUAGUUCAGGGGAACCAGAACAAGAUGCGAAUUCAGCGUUAACUGAACUAGAUAAAGGUCUCAGAUCGGGUAAAGUCGGUGAGCAGUGUGAAGCUAUCGUUAGGUUUCCGAGGCUGUUUGAAAAAUAUCCAUUUCCAAUAUUAAUAAACUCAUCAUUCUUAAAAUUGUCUGAUGUGUUUCGUAUGGGCAAUAACUUUCUACGCCUGUGGGUUUUACGAGUGUGCCAGCAGAGCGAGAAGCACUUGGAUAAGAUUCUAAACGUUGAUGAGUUCCUGAGAAGAGUAUACAGCGUCUUACACUCUAAUGAUCCAGUGGCCAGGGCCUUAGCACUGAGAACACUUGGUGCUGUUGCCGGGAUUAUACCGGAGAGGCAAAAUGUACAUCACGCGAUACGACGAGGACUGGAAAGCCACGACAAUGUUGAAGUUGAUGCUGCUAUAUAUGCCACUACAAGAUUUGCAGCUCAUUCUAACUCAUUUGCUGUGGCAAUGUGUAACAAGUUGUCAGAUAUGGUGGAAUGCGAGAGCACAGGAGCAGAACGAAGAGCUAAGCUCGUCAGAGCAUUAAGAACCGUGCAUGGUGGAGCUGUUCGUGCCCAAGGUGUACUGAAAUUGCUCAGAUCGCUCUUAGAAAGGUUUCCGUCAUCCAGCUCAGUGCGUGCUGCAAUCACAGCUCUUACUGCCAUUGCUGCCGAUACUGUUGUCCAUGUGCCUGAUCAGGUAGAACUUCUACUCAGUCUUGCUAUGAAUGACGCGCGUUCCGCCGUCCGUCGGGCGGCCCUGCUGGGAUUGAAAAAGUUAGCUGAACAUGCAGCACUCUGGCCGGCUGAGUGCAUCCAAAAUCUCGUCCACGCCGCGACUGACACACAGGACCCGGAACAUACUAUGCUCUGCUUACAAGUUAUGCAGAUGCUGGUGCGCUGCCCGGCGGUGUGCGCGGCGGCGGGCGGCGCGCGCGGCUCGCCCAGCGCGCUGCGGCAGUUCUGCAGCGACGCGGCGCUCAGCGUGGAGCUGAACCACGCCGCCAUCGCCGCCGACGUGCUGACGCGCAUCGUCGUGCACUGUUAUGAAGAAUGUCUUCCGGUGGAAGGAGCUGAUCUGAUGUUGGCGCUCGAAUCUCUGGUCAUUGCCACCGGCCUUCCCAACGGACACAACAACAUACACCCACUGCGCAUGGCUCUACGGUGUCUGGUGAAACUUAGUACAGCGGAACCAGCGUUGUACGCGCAACGGACUGCAGCGGUGGUGGGUGCCCAACUCUGCGCUGGAGGUAAACGGCAAACUGCACUGCUGGAAGCGCUGGCGGCGCUGGGCGCGCUCGGGGCACCCGCACUGCCGCAUCUCCUGCCGGCCUUGGAGCAAGCCAAAGAAGAUUGCAAAGACCCCGCAUACGAUGGUACGACCCUCGUGCUGAUCUGCACCGUGCUGCUACAGGAGCGCGCCGGAGCGGCUCUUACGCACAGGAUCAACAAGUCCUGGGAAAUGAAAAUAAAGGAUGCUAUCCAGGGAGCUGACGGAUGGACGAGAUACAGGGUUGCCAGGGCGUGUUUAAGAUAUGGGCAUCAGAACUUGGCUGCUGAUAUUUUGAAGCGACUCUCCAAAGAAGCCCCGAGCGAGUCAGCUCAACGUUGGCUCACUGCACUGUACAGAGCUGCCAAUGCCGAUGCCAGGCUGUUGGAAGAAGGAAUAUCCGGGCUCGAGGAGGCGAGCGCCGGCUGGGAGAGCUUCGGCGACGGCGGCGCGGCGGGCGGCGGCGGCUGCUCGGGCUGCGCGGGCUGCGGCGCGUGCACGGCGCUGGCGCCCGCGUGGGCCGCGGCGCGCGCGCGCUCGCUGGCCGCGCUGGCCCGCGCCGCCGCCGCCGCGCGCGCGCUGUGCACGCAGCCGCCGCCCGCCAUCGCGCUGGCGCACGCGCAGGCCGCGCGCGACCCCGCGGCGCGCGCGGGCGCGGCGGCCGGCGCGCUGCGGGCCGCGGCGCGCGCGCUGGCGGCGCAGGCGCAGCGCUACGCCGCGCUCGCGCGCACCGCCUUCCACGCGCACGACUGCACGCUGCGACACCUGCACAUCUCGCAGCACACGUACGCGCAAAUGGCGCAAUUCCUAGACCGGAUAACCUCCAGCCAGCAGGAGCGACCGGAAUCGGUUACAAAGGAAAUAAAAGCUACAAGUUUAGAGGAGACGAUUAUGUUGGCGCCCUCGGUCGCCCUCGCCAAGAUCUCCUCCAAGCUGUUCGAUAACCCCACCACGAGCCCCGGCAUCACUCAUCGGCACGCGGAGGCGAUCCUGGCGGCGGUGCGCGCGCUGGCGACGGGCGCGUGCUGGCCGCGCGACGUGUGCGGCGGCGCGGGCGCGGCGGGCGCGGCGGGCGCGGGCGGCGCGGGCGGCGCGCUGUGCCGCGUGUCGCUGUCGCCCGCGCACCGCCCGCCGCCCGCCGAGCACGCCGCCACGCUGCCGCUCGCGCACCGCCUGGCGCUCAAGCUGGAGGGCGUCGUGCUGCCCGCGCCCACGGGGAGAAGAAAGCCGAAACGUCAAGUGAAGGGAGUGCAGAUAACGGUUACGGCGACCCCCCACCCGCGCACUAACGAAAAGCGAUCCUUCCAGACGGUGGAGCUAACGAACAUCCCGCCAGUCCUGACCGCGGUGCAGACCGUGACGCCAGUGCGGGACUUCUUCUCGGCGCAGCAGCUGGUUAGUGUAAACGCGCCCGGCCUGUACACGGUGGCAGUGGAGGCCGCCUUUGUCGAUGAACGAGGCGAGCUCUGGCACACGGGACCUAGAACGGCCAUCGUUAUAAAGGCUCACGAAGAUCCAACGACAAAAGGCAAUGCACAAUCGACUAGAGGACGGUUUUAAUAAGAAAUACUUUUUUGUAAUAAUUACGACAUUCACGGUCCUACUUAUAAACAUCGCUGUGUGGCUGUUUAGUUAAAAGUCAUUAUUGAUUUGACAUACGAAAAAAGAAGACAGCAUGUUUUAAAUAAUUACCCGCUAAACAACGCUUAUAAGUAAGGUUGUGCGUGUUUAAAUAUAACCUUGUUUCAUAUAUAAAUAUAUUACUUGAUUAAAAUCGUAAAUGUAAAUACUUGAAUUCAAAAUAUGAGCUAACCUAAAAACUCAUUGAAAACUAUACAAAGUGCAUUAAAUUAAAAUAUAUAAAUUAAUUCGUCGUGAUGUCAUGUACGUCAUGAUAAGAAAUAUUCUUAUUUAAUUUUUGCAGUUAACUUUGUGUUUGUUUCUUGUACUAAUGUUAUUAGUACCGCAUUUUCUCACAUAAUUAACAAUAUUUUCCCGCACAUACGUAACAUUAAAAAAUUGAGAAUUGAUCCAUGAGGGAUCCCGUACCAAGACCCCAGAAGAUUAUUUAACGUUGACUCUGAAGAAAAUAAGUCAACAGGUCGAGUGCACAUUCUUAAUGCCGUUGCGAUAUAAUAUCCACAGAGCCACAACAAGUUCCUGUGGUAUCAUGUCUCCUUACGAUUCGCGGUUUAAAAAACACGUUAACUUUUAUUUUAUUACUAAUAAACAAUUACUUGAAGUGGCUUUUAGAUUUUCGGUGCACUAGUGCGACGGAAUGUUGCCAAAUAUGGCGUACAAUACAAAAGACGGUUAAAAUAAGCAAUAAAUAAUUACUUUUAAUAAUAACGUUAUACGGCUUUGGAAUUGCGUUUAAUGUUAAAAAUUUACAUUGCAUGACAUUUUUAUUUAAUACAUAUGUACUUAAAUAAAUGUGAUUAAUCAAUGAAAUUUAGAGUGGCAAACGAAAGUUAAGCCUGACAUUUAUGUGAAACAUUUUACAUGGCAACAUUCUAUAAAUGUCACUACCACCCGGCAUAAAAUGAUUUUAUUAUUGAAAAAUGAAUAAAACUGUAAAAAGAGAUGUGCGAAAGUUACUAUACACUAUGAUGAGUAUGCUUCACUAGAAAUUAAAUUUUUAUAUUCUGAUUUUGACUCAUAAA